CCGACAUUCCCUAUGAGAACCUUGGUCAACUGGGGGUCCAGGUGUACGGGGGAUGCCCCCCGGAGUCCCGUUCCACAACCCCCUCCUCUACAACCAGCAGCAGCUCCAGCAGAUCCUGGCCAACCUGGAGAAGAUCGCCUUUCUCAAACUAUCUCACGACUCUUCAUCCCAGUUAUUAGAGGUUGAAAUCUCUGCCGAUACUGUGGCCGCCUCCCUCGUCGGAGGCCACACCCACCACCUUCAUCUUUCCACUGAGGAGGACCCUGCUCAAUGACAUCGUAAUUACUGCACUCUCUCACUCUCACAGAUAUUGUAGGAU